UGCGUUCUCCUGCAAUGGCAAUUGACAGCCAGCUACGAAAUCUGCUCAAUGUUGUGCGUUUGUCAAAAGGCGGCUGGCCUACCAAAACAAAUCCCGUAUCCGCAACUAAAGAAUGUCCAAAUUUUUAUCCCUUUUCGCAAAACCAUUUCCCAUCAUUGGGAUGGUUCAUGUGAAAGCAUUACCGGGAACUCCCCUGUACAAAGGUAACAUGGAUAGUAUUAUCAGUGCAGUGCGUGCCGAAGCGACCAUUUAUCGCGAAUGUGGAGUGGAUGGAUUGUUGGUUGAAAACAUGCACGACAUCCCCUAUAUUCGGCCGGCAGAUGGUGUCGGUCCGGAGAUCACGGCUGCAAUGAGCAGAGUAGCGCUGGCAGUACGUGACACGGUACCUGAUAUACCGUGUGGGGUGCAAAUUCUGGCCGGAUGCAAUCGUGAAGCACUUGCCGUAGCAAAAGUGUGCCAGCUGCAGUUUAUACGGGCCGAAGGGUUUGUAUUCGGUCACAUGGCUGAUGAAGGUUUUACGGAUGCAUGCGCCGGGACUUUACUGCGAUAUCGUAAACAAAUCGAUGCGGAUGAUGUCCUCGUGAUUACCGAUAUCAAGAAAAAGCACAGUUCGCACGCCAUUACGAACGAUGUGUCGAUUGCGGAAACGGCACACGCGGCAGAGUUCUUUCUCUCCGAUGGUUUAAUCGUAACCGGAAGCUCAACUGGCUCUAGUGCGGAACGAGGCGACUUACAAGCACUACACGGGAAUACCACUUUACCGCUUAUCAUCGGUUCUGGUCUUACGCUUGAUAAUUUGCGCAACUACUGGACACUAGCACACGCCGCAAUUGUUGGUUCCCAUUUCAAAGUAAAUGGGCAUUGGAGUGCUGAGCUGUGCCGGGCACGUGUACAAUCUUUCAUGAAAGGUGUAGAAGCGCUACGACGUCAGCAACCAAGCUAA